AUGCGGUCCACCAUGCGCGUGCUCCCGCAGUCCUACUACAUGCUGAACAAAACCAAGAUCCCGUGCUCCGUCUUCGUCACUCCCUUCGCCGAGCCCCACCCUCAGGAAGACCCCAUCCCGCUCCUCGACGGAACCGCGGGACUGGUCCGCUGCUCGGAGUGCUCGGCGUACAUGAAUCCGUUCGUGCAAUUCACCGACGGCGGCUACCACUUCCUCUGCAACCUCUGCGGCGCGGAGAACCCCACGCCCUCCUGGUACUACGGCACCACCAACAGCGCCGGCGUGCGCUUCGACCGCCAGGACCGCCCCGAGCUGUCCCGCGGGACCGUGGAGUACAAAGUGGGAGAGGAGUUCUGCACGCGCGCUGCGCAGCGGCCGCUUUUUGCGUUCGUGAUCGAUACGACGCGCGCUGCGCACCAGAGCGGCGUGUUCGACGCGGUUCUGCAGGCGCUUCGCGCGUGCGUCGAGGCGCUGCGCGAUGCCCCGCGGGCGAGAGUGGGGUUCUGCGUGUUCGACACGGCGGUGCACGUGAUUUCGAUGCGAGUACCCGCGGGGAACGCGUGCGAUGUGCUGAUGACCGAUCCCGACGAUGCCUACGCAGUGAUCAGCGAGGCGAACUGGCUCCUCGCGCCGGCCAGCGAUGCUGAAACACUAUUCCAACUGCUGGACUACAUCGCGAGCAGCUACGCUCCGAGCACGCGGCCGCCUCCCGACUACGGCUGCAGCACGGCGGCGGUGCGGACGGCGAUCGGCGCGCUGGCGGCGUCGGGCGGUCACGUGACGCUGAUCGAGUGCUCGGCGCCGCUGCUGGGCGUGGGCCGCGUGUCGGCGUCGGAGCAGAGCGCGGUGUACGGGACGGAGGACGAGUCGUCGAUGUACCUGCGGUCGCAGGACGAGGCGUACUACUCGGAGCUGGGCGUGACGUGCGCGAUGGCGAGCGUGUGCGUGGACUUCGUGGUGGCGAGCAAGGAGCACGUGCACCUCGCGGAGCAGCAAAUGCUGGCCAGUCAGAGCGGCGGCUCCGUGUAUUUGGUGAAGGACGGCGCUGCAGGACUCGCCGAGCUGCACGCCUAUCUGCAGACGUUGGUGAUCCGGGAGCACUACUGGGACGCCGUGGCGAAGCUGCGCGUGUCGGGCGGGCUGAAGGUGCAGGGCGUGACGGGGAACGGCGUGACGUCGGACGAGCAGGACCCGAUCGUGCCGAUGCUGGACUGCCAGUCCUCGUUCGAAUUCACGCUGGAUUUCCCGAAGUACAUCGAGGGAAACGACGUCUAUCUCCAGUUCGCCAUUCUAUAUCCUUUGAGGAAUUGGGAGAAGGGGCGUCGUCUGCGCAUCUUCAACCAGCGUCUCCAGUCCACGUCCACCUACCCUCGUCUUUUCAAGGGCCUCGACGGCGUGGCCGUGAUGCUCUCCCUGGCCCGCACCGCCGCGCUCCAGCUGGACUCCACGCGCCUCCCGGACGUGCGUAGCAACUUCGAGGACACCGUGGAGACGAUUCUCACGCAGUACCGCGCGCAGUGCAGCGCGUCCUCCUCCACCGGACAGCUCGUUCUCCCCGAGAACGGAAAAUUGCUCCCGCUCUUCGCCAACUGCCUCCUCAAAUCCCCGCUCCUCCUCCUCAACGAGGCCUCCCGCUUCUCCCUCGACACCGUCUAUCCCCGCGGGGACACGCGCGCCUGGGCGAUCCACUUCGUCUCGCAGUGCAAUCCGAUGCAGUUCGUGAACUUCGUGUACCCCGCUCUCUACAAACUCGACCCCGCCAACGACGCGUGGGGCCGCGAAGACCCCGCCACCGGGUUCGUGAGCAAGCCUUCGUUCGAAUUCCUCACGGAAGCGGCGCUGGAUCUGGGAUUCGUGUAUUUAUUGGCCGGCUGGCGAGGACUGAUGCUGGUGGUGAGCAAUCAGGUGCCUGCAGAGGUGAUGGAGAGCCUGUUCGGCGUGCGAGGCGUGACGGACGAGGCGAUGGCGAACGGUUUGAUGCUGCUGAGAGAAGGAGACGAGCUUUGCGAACGCGUUAACACGCUCGUGGAGGAGUUGCAGGCACAGCUUGGGUGCUACUUGCAGCCUGCCGUCGUGAUGCGAGGAACGCCGAAAGCGAGUUUGGUCAUGGAGAUGAUGACGGAGGAUCGCAUUCGGAAGGAGCCGUCGUUCUCCGACUAUUUGAGACAUUUGCACUCCGCGAUUAUCGGAAAUAUGUAG